GGUUGGUCCAACGCAGCGGACGGGCUCAAGUGAAGCAAUAGUGUUCGGUGCCGUGUUUGUAGUGAGUCAGUGCCCUGGUCGAUAGAGGUGCGAUACGGCGAAACUGGUGAGCCACACAGCCUUAUCCUACUUUCUAAAAUUCCCAGCACCAGCCAACCACCGUAAAAGGCGACCGUUCAUCAUCUUUAAAAUUGGCCCUUCAAAAAACAAGUAGGAUCUCCCGCAUAUAACGGAUGCCCAAAAUGACCCCACAAAUCUAGCGGCGAACACGACCAGUUUGGAGGGUACCGGUAAAAAGUGUUUCACAAAGUUCACCAACGAACAACGUGCCGAAAAAAGGAACACUAACGGAGUGAGCCCCGCGUGAGUGAGUGAGUCAAAAAAGCAACCUUUCUUCGACGGUUGAUCAUCGACGGUUGACUGUGUAGGUUGCGAACAUCGAACACCAGAACCAUGGAGAUUAUGAAAAUAUCCAUCUACAAAGUGCUGAUUUUCGUGGCACUCGCUACGGUGCUGCUCUGCUGUCAGCCGUCCGAAGCCGGCCCCGCCCGUCAGCUGGCCAGCUUGGCGGCGAGGGCCUCCAAGAUUCCGCGCUCGAUCCGGGCCCCGUUCCGCAACCAGGAGAUGAUGACGGCCCGAGGUUUCGGUAAGCGCCGGGCACCGAUCGGUGUGAACUACGGCGGUAGCGGCCACCCCCCGGUACAUGGUCACGGCGCCGACGAGACCGCUAGCUGGGCCGAUGAGAAACACGAGCUUGGCAAACUGAUCGACGACUUCGCCGGACUCGACUCGAACGAUCCGCUGCAGCAGCUGAUCGUGAGCGAACAGGAGAACAGCUUCCCCCUGGAGUGGUUCGCCAACGAAAUGUCCACCAACCCGACGUUGGCCAAAUCGAUCUUGCAGCGCUUCGUCGACACCAACCGGGAUGGGUUGCUGGAGGCCAGCGAGCUGCUACCAGCGGGCGGUGCAAGCCCGAACGAUGUCGGCGAGUUGUUCUAAGCCGACGCACACAGGAUUAAGAAGGAUUACACUUUCGUCCCCGAACAUUACCCACUUGCGUUCCGAACCUAUCGCCAUGCCAUGCUGUUACUCCCACCGAUACUGAAUCACGCGACGAACCCAGUAACUUAAUCCUGGCGUUACAAGCUCCGUACAGCAACACUCCCAAAGAGCCCUGCAACUUGCAAUCGCUGCGAUCUGUUUCCGGGUGGCCGGUAGAGAAACUGUAGCCGUAGUUUAUUAACCGAAAGAAUCUCCAAACAUCAGACCCCGCCCCGAUCACGGAACACGCGCGACCUAAAAGUGGAGCCAAUAAAGGGCUGGGUAUUGGUUUCAAUUUCAGGUUUCAACUGUUCUGCACUUCCGGUGGCCACUUUGUGCAGGAGCGCACAGGCGCAGGUAAGAUGUUUCUGCUCCGACUGGCGCACCCCUCCUGCGUUAGCUAUUGUUCACGGUGCCGGGUAAUGGGCUCGUGUUGUGUAGCAUAGUAGAUGUUAAGAAUGGGGGUGCUACAUUUAUUACCACGCAUCGAACAGCAUGUACACAAACAGGCAACCCAGACACGGUUCGUGUAUCAGGAUUAAUGUUAAUAUUUACGAGGUAGAAAAUUGAUGCGAAAGAUGGUGUGGAUUGAGGCUUGAUAGCGCUAAGCUAAAAUAACAAACAAGAUACGAUAUUUCGGAAAGGGUCAGAGGAAAGAGAUGAUGAUUGUGAAAUUUACACAGCAUUAACAGUUAUACACACUGACUAGGACAAACCAGAGACAGGUAAAAUAGAACAGGCAAACCGAACACAAACAUUCCGAGUCCGACAGUAACAGUUGUAAAAUAAG